GAGUUACGUAACCACAGACUCCGGACACUAGGGGCGCCAUAACAUCACCAGAGGCGCCGAAUAUAAACUAGAAGGAACGAAGCGAGAUCUAAAUACUCGAAAGUGUUUUCGGAAUACUGAACAUUUAAUGAGCAUUUAAAGAAUUUGUUUACCAAGCUGUUAAAGGAUGGGCUGCUGAGGCCAGAACUGCUCUAAACUCAGCAACCGGCAUCACCAUGUCAGCUGACGGGGAGUUCACCAAUGAAAACAAGCUGGUGAGACCGAAGGUGGAGUUCGGCUCUCUGCUGCAACACGCCGGAGCCACCAAGGACGUUUUCACCAUAAAGGAGGUCAUGUUCUACCUGGGUCAGUACAUCAUGCAGAGGCAGCUGUACGACCAGAACCAGCAGCACAUUGUCCACUGCGCUCAGGACGCUCUGGGCCGGGUUCUGGGCGUUGACAGCUUCUCUGUUAAGGAACCAAGGGUUUUGUUUGCAAUGAUCACCAAGAACCUGGAGGCCGUGAGGAACCAAGAUUCAACAACGGAGUCGAGUGAAGCUCACAGCAGCCAGACGGAGGGAGCUGAAAGUUCAUCUUCAUCUACAGACCAGAGGAGGAGGAGGAGACGGAGCGACUCAGGUCCGUCCCGCAGCACAGAGGGAGAGGAAGAGGAGCAGCAGUCGGAGGACGAAGACUCGGACGACAGCAGGAAGCGGCGGCGCUCGGACAGCUACUCGCUGACGUUCGACGGCAGCCUGUCCUGGUGUGUGAUUGGAGGGCUGGGAAGUGGGCGGGACAACUGCGGCAGCCAGUCGUCCGACUCCCACAGCGUCCGGUCCGGGAGGUCGGAGGUCACGAUCGCGGCGUCCGACUCAGACAGCGACAACUUCAGCGUGGAGUUCGAGGUGGAGUCGGUCGACUCGGACGACUACAACGAGGACGACGCGUCGCUGUCCGCCGACGACCAGGUUUAUGAAGUCACCAUCUUCGAGGCGGAAGACGACGACUCGUUCGACGACGACACGGAGAUCACAGAAGCUUUCCAUGGGUUUCUCUCUCAGGAUUACUGGCGCUGCUCCAAGUGUGACGAGCUGAACCCGCCGCUGCCCAGAAACUGCUUCCGCUGCUGGACGCUGCGACGCGAUUGGCUGCCGGAGGCGUCCGCCGACCCUAAAGCCCUCCCCACGAAGCCCACCGACCAAUCAGCUGCCAAAGAAACUCCAGGUUCGGAUGUGGAGGACAACGACGGCGUCGACGUUCCUGAUGGAAAAAGAGCGAAAACUCCUCUGAACUCCCAGAAUUGGUCCGACUGCUCCGCCCCAAACUCCCAGAAUGCCCUCUGCUCCUCCCAGCCUUCCUCCUCCUCUUCCUCCCAGGAGAAGCUCUGGGCGCUCGAGUCCCAGCCGUCGUCGUCGGGCGACUCCCAGGACCCGGUGCCGGACCUGGAGCGCAGCGUGUCGGCCGAAUCCCGGCUGCCGGACUCGUGUCUGGACCCGUGUCUCAUCUGCCAGUCCCGACCCAAAAACGGCUGCAUCGUCCACGGGCGCACCGGACACCUCAUGUCCUGCUACGUCUGCGCCAGGAAGCUGAAGAGGAGGAACAAGCUGUGCCCCGUCUGCAGGAUGCCCAUCCAGUCCGUCGUCCUCACCUACCUCAGCUGAGAACGACCUCCAGCUGACCUUCGUCUGUCUACCUCCACAUGAUAAUAAAACGUACAGCUGCA